AUGAGCUCUCAGAUGCCCUGGGAUGUGCUCCGCGCAGAAACUGUGCGCUCGAUAUGCAGGGAUAUCGGUCUGCAUGCCACUGGCAGACGAGAGGAGAUGAUAACUUACUUAAAGGAGGUAGAGCGAGAUGGCUUGGACACUGUCAAGAACAAGCUGGCAGAAAUGCCCGCAAAACGCAAAAGUGUGGGGCAGGAAUCUCGCGCGAAGCGUGCGAGGAAGGCCCAGCCAGCUGGUGCUGCAGUUGAGGAGGUGUCAGCGGGGAAGAGGCAGACCCGUUCUCGCAGGGCCCCUUCGAAAAGAGCAGCGAGUCACAGCAAGGGGAUUUUUGAAGGGGUGGUACUCCCCGCUACGUCAAAGGGGCGAGCUCCUAGCAAGUCCACGCCCGACCCCGCAAUGCAACCGGACGUGGAAGUGGGCGCUGCAGGAGAGAAAGCAGAUGACGUCGACCCAGGCGAGGAACCCGCAGACGCGGAGAGCUCUUCCUGA